AUGGCCACCAACUCCGGCGGGUACGACAAUUACGACUACUACCACCACCAGCAGCGUCGUAGCUCGCCGAUGACGGCGGUGGCUGCCGCCAUCGCCGUCAGCCUGGCCGCCGUCGUUCUGCUCGCCAAGCUGCUCCGAUUCUGGCUCCGCUCGCUCAAGGAGGCGCAGGAGGCCGACCGUCGUCGUGUACCUCCGAGCAGCGGCGGGGGGCAGCACGCAGCCGCAGGCCCGCCGCCGCCGGCGCCCGCGGCGGUGUCCGUUGAGAUGGCGCGGUCGGUGGGGCCGCUGGUGUGCACGUACCGGCGGGCGGACGGGUGGCAGGAGGCGGCGUGCGCGGUGUGCCUGGCAGAGCUGGCCGACGGCGAGGCCGCCCGGGUGCUGCCGGAGUGCAAGCACUACUUCCACGCCGAGUGCGUCGGCGAGUGGCUCCGCGCGCACGACACUUGCCCGCUCUGCCGCACCCCGCUAGAUCCCACCGCCGAUGUCUGA